AUGGGUGAUGGUGUAGCAAAAAACGGUGCAUACAAAUAUGAGGAUGGCACAAAAUAUAUUGGAGACUGGAAUGGGAAAGGUUUAAAACACGGUGCUGGUUCGUUGCUUCUUCCCGAUGGAACACGUUAUGAUGGUGGUUUUCAAAAUGGAUUGUGCUCUGGCAUAGGAGUAAUAGUAUUCCCAGAUGGAGCAAAAUAUGAAGGUGAAUUUAUGCAGGGUUGGUUUCAUGGCCAUGGAGUAUUUUGGAGAUCAGAUGGAAUGAAAUUCGAAGGAGAGUUUCGUGGAGGACGUGUAUGGGGCUUAGGACUAGUCACUUAUGCUGAUGGAUCUCAUGGAUUUCCCAGAAACGAGGGUUUCUUCCAGGACUGUAAAUUGGUACGACGUAGACAUUGUCCAGACAUAGUACAAAAAGCACAGAAGAUUUCUAUGAUGGCUCGUGCGCAAUGCAACUAAGUAUUAGGCACGAAUAGAAAUGAGUAGUACUGAAUCUUAAUAAAAGCGUU